AUCAUGGCAAAGACACAGAGAAAUCGAUCGAUCUGGCUGUUGGAAAAGGAAAUAGAGCUGCUGCAUGGGAGCUUGGCCUUAAUGAGUCGAUGAUAAGACGUUGGAAACAGCAGCGUGGGGAACUGACUCAGUGCAAAAAUACAACAAAAGCUUUCAGAGGGAAGAAAAGCAGAUGGCCCAAAGUAUUUGCAGCCACUCGACAUCAGUGUAAAUCGUGCAUUUAAGGUGGCGCUCCGCUUGGAUGACAAGUGGGGAGAAAUCCUUCACUAAAGCAUGCGAAGAGCAAUUUAUGGUCAAGUCUGCCAGUGGGUCCUGACAGCGUGGAACAUUGUCAAAAAAUCCACUAUCAUCAACGGAUUUCGAAAGGCUGGACUUGCUGCGUGUUGAAGGGGCAGCAUGAGCUCAGCGGGGAAUUUGCCUCCGGAUGAAAGUGACGAGAGCGACAAUGAAAACGAUCCAACAUCAGAUGAAGCAAUUCUGAGGCUAUUCAACUCCGACACCGAAGGCGAUGACUUCAAUGGUUUCUGUGCACAGGAGGAGGAAGAUACUGACCAAUGACUUUCUUGGGGUCGCAGCAUCUCUCUCAGCCAUGGUGGAGGGUGAAGCUGUUUGUGUGGGAGCCUGUCCUGUUUGGGACGUGGGACGGAGUCUUUACUACCUGUAUGAUCAACAUCUUUGGUGUGGUGUUGUUCCUCCGCACUGGGUGGCUGGUGGGGAACCUAGGUGUAUUGCUAGGUAUGCUCCUGGUAUCUGUGGUGGUUAUCGUUGCCCUGGUAACAGUGAUGUCAGGCAUCGGCGUCUGCGAGCGCUGUGGGGUCGGUAAUGGUGGAGUUUACUCCAUGAUCUCUACUGUCCUGGGAGGAAGAGUAGGUGGGACCGUGGGGCUCCUGUAUGUUUUCGGCCAGUGUGUGGCUGGAGCCAUGUAUAUCACAGGGUUCUCAGAGUCUAUUGCUCAGCUCCUGAGCCUGCAGAGUGAGUGGGCCGUUAGAGGGAUGUCUGUGGCUGUCCUGCUCGGCCUUUUGGGUAUUAACCUGGCCGGGGUCAAAUGGAUCAUCCGUCUCCAGCUGAUACUACUGGCCGUGCUGGCUGUCUCAACGCUGGACUUCGUUAUCGGGACGUUUUCCCACCUCGACCCAGAGCAUGGCUUCGUAGGGUACUCCGAGGAGCUGCUACGUAAGAACACUCUACCAGACUACACGACAGGAGAAGGAUUCUUCACUGUGUUUGGAGUGUUCUUCCCCGCUGCUACAGGUGUGAUGGCAGGCUUCAACAUGAGCUCAGAUCUGCAGAGACCGGAACACAACAUCCCUGUGGGAACACUGGCUGCCGUCUGUACCUCAUGGUUCCUGUAUCUGGUCUUUGUGUUCCUGCUGGGAGCCAUCUGCACCAGAGAGGCACUGCACUUCGACUUCUUAAUAGCAGAAAAGGUCUCCUUGGUGGGUUUCUUGUUUCUCCUGGGCCUCUACAUCUCCUCGCUGGCCUCCUGCAUGGGCGGUCUGUACGGGGCACCCAGGAUCCUCCAGGUCAUCGCCCAGGAGAGGGUCAUCCCAGCCCUCGCCUUCCUGGCACAAGGGAAAGGUCCUAAUAAGACUCCGGUGGCGGCCAUAGUCCUGACUAGCCUGCUGACCAUGGCUUUCAUCUUCAUCGGACAGGUCAACAUCCUAGCCCCCAUCGUCACCAUCAACUUUAUGCUCACCUACAGCUUCAUUGACUACUCCUACUUCAGCGUGGCGAUGACCUAUAACCUCCAGCCCAGAGAGAAGAGGGUUGGUCCUGCCAAGAGGCCUGGGACUGGAGCCUCAUCCUUCACAAACCAUACAUCCAAGCCCCUCAUGACCACCACCCACCAGGGUUAUGGUACAGAGGGGGAUGUUGCGAGCCCAGGGAAGGGGACUCUGUUAGAGUUUACUAGGGAUAUGGACCAGAUCUUUCCCCUGCCCAAUGGUGGUGAACAGGAGGAGACAGAAAAGGACAAGGCCACAGAGAAGGUUUCCAUGCCAGGCCUGAGAGGCAGGAUCAGGAGGGUGAAAGCCCCUGCCAAGAAGAUUCUGAUGGACAGCUUUGGGCUAGACCUUAACAGCAAUGCCUUCUCUAGUGAGGGAGAUGGAGGGGUUGAUCCGGCUCCCCCAGGUCUAGGAGAGUGUAUCUUCCCCCAGGAAAGACCUGGAGAGCCCAGCCCAGACCCGGAGGAAGUGAUACAGGACAAGACCCUUCUUCCCGUUUGUAACCCCAUAGAGCUUGACCCUCCAGGGUCACAGAGAGAAAACACUGGUUCUGACUGUAAACCAGACUACCAGGGAUCAGAAAUCCAACCGAUGCCUGAUUCCUUCUAUGCCAAAUUCUGCAACCACUGGAUUGCACUGAUUGGUGCAUUAUGUUCCAUCCUGAUCAUGUUUGUCAUUCAGUGGGUCUACGCCUUGGCCAAUAUAAUAGUCGCCUUGGUCCUCUUCCUCUACAUUGGAAAAGCAAGCCCUGGACUUCCAAUAGGAGUGGCAUCUCGUUUCAGCUUUUUCAGAUGGAUUAGGACAACCCUGAGCAACCUAGGAAGGGGUGAGCUUCCUCGGGACCAGAUUAUCGUGACACCCUCUCUGUCAGGAGUCGGCAUGGAAACUAGGCAGCUGACAGAGGAAAACCUGGACUUUGCCUCUCGGGACCGCUACCACCAGUCUUCCUUUAUCGAACCAGACAGGAUGGCGCACCUACAACUUAAAUAAUCACCACAACUCUGGAUGGCUGGUCCCAUCACAGACCAUAGUAGCCUGGUCCAAUAUUUGUUUGAGCUGUCUUGCCAACUUGUUACAAUGACCAAAGGAGUUAGCAAAACAGCACAAAAUGAUCUGGGACCAGGCUGAAGUAAUGUCUCAUUCUAGAAUUUAUAGACAGAUUAUAAACAGUCAAGAUGAAAUCAGUAGUCCUACUCUAUGACAUCUGGAUUUGUACAGGUCUCUGUGACUGUAGCAAUGCAUUACAUGUUUUAGCAAUACAUUCCUCUCAAUGAUGUGCUCAAAUGGUUCUUCUCUAUUUAUUGUGUCCAUUAUCAUUGAAUAUAUAAACAAUACAUGUUAUUUUCUUCCAAUCUAUGUUUGACCUCUGAUUAAAAUGUCUGGCAUCAUC